GCAAGCUUCUCUCAUCUCUGUAUCCCAGUAACCUAUCCCAUUCCAAGCCUGAGGCACCGGAGCUUCUUACUCGUUUCCAUUCAUAAGCAGCUCGGCUACCCCCAAACAAAGAUGAAGAUCGGGAAGGCUCCUGAGCUCGUGAAGAAGGCAGUAGCGAUGUGCAAGAGCAAGGCCAGCGUGCUCGCUGCCAGGCUCCUCAUCCCCGACUCGCUCCAGCACCGCAAGAUGGCCACGGCCGCGGUGGUCUCUCACAAGAUCGACGCGCUUAUUAUGGCCGACUGGGAGAGAUUUGACCGCCACAAAGCUCUCGCGUUGUGCACGGUCGAGAAGAGACCGGUCGUCGUCCAUGAGGAUGAUUUGGCGGCCAAUUUCCCUCGUCACUUGGCGAUGAUCAGUCAAGAGAAUGGUCAUGGUGGCUGCCAUGCUGACAGGACACUGCAUCCCCUCUUCAACGACGACCACAUAAACUGUCGUUACACUUACGAUGGUGAUGUGCUACUUGAUUCAUGUGAUCAAGACGAUGAUGAUGAGUCGUCAGUCAUGGAUGUGAUCAGGAGUAACCAAGAGGUUGAGGGGUUGGAGUUCAACAUGGAGGAAGAGAUUGACCAGGCUGCUGAUAUGUUCAUUCGGAGGUUCCGGCAGCAGCUGAACGAGGGAUUUUAGGGUCCUGUUUGCACAUGCAUGUACCUCGCCUUAGGGUGUUGUCUUUCUUUUAGGUGCCCACAAUUUAGAAUUUUUUGUAGAAAUGAGUAUGAUCGAGUAGGAUUUGAGGCUUGACAAACAAUGAUCCUUUUUGUCAUUUAUUCUUUUAACAAUUUUGUCAACAUCUAA